AUGACUUCUUUUGAAUUCAUUUAUUAUAUCUAUGUACCUACUGCUCCGCGUUCCAGAAGGGCAGCCAUUCAGAAGUAUAGCUUUCCCGCCAAGGAGCAGCAUAUUGUGCUAGAUCGAAGAUUAUUUGACGAUACUCAGAGAUCAAAUGAUAGUAAUGAUUCAGGCUCAGAACUUCAAGGUAUACAUACCCAAAUUAAGAUCCUGGGAUAUUCUUUUUCCCAAUAAUUGAUGUUCUAUAUAGAGAAUAGGAACAAAGACAACGUUGCCAAUAAUGAUUGCAAUAUCGAUCUCCCUACAUCAUAUAGUAUAUCACAAGCGAAUAUAGGAGAGGAUUCAAGCCUAAAGAAAAAAAAACUUGGGAGGAUAAAAUAACUUCGCCGAGAAUAUAUGAUGGCGAUUCUUCAUCAAUUCAGACAGUACUUAAUCCUCGUUUGUACCAGGAAGUUUUGAUAGAAGGAUUACAAAAGGGCUCCAACACUCAAGGUAUCUAUACACUUGAUUACGAUAAUAAAGCAAUCUUCUGAUUUAUAUAUAGAUACUCUAAUGCUGGGAGAUAAUAAAUCAAAUUCAGAUGAGCAAGAGAAUCUCUCAAUGGGUGGCUCCCAUUGUCCUCCUGUGGACUACUCAAUUGAGCUAUUCGCGAUCAAGAUCAUAGUGAUGCCAGCUACAAUGACCCUGAGGAGCCUGAGCAUAGAUCUUUACUAUACUUCCUUCAACAGCACAGGGACAUAGCUGUAGGAUCGAUAAAGGAGGGGGAAAAUAAUGAGCAACAGGGACGCAGAAAGCAGCGAUACCUACCCGAAACUGAGAUUAACAAAGAUAGUGAGAGUGACGACAAUAUACGAUCUGCAAAACAACGAAGAACUCGGCCACUUCCUAUCGACAACGAGCAAACCUCAUUCCGAUAUAAUGGUACACAAGGUCAUCCCUGGUCACGUCCUAUCAUCGGUCUAUCCUCCACUACUUCAUCUACCAUGAUCGACUCCUCCACAUCGAACUUUGGUAGGCAUUCACCAGCGACCAGCGAUUCAGGUACAGUAUUCUACCAAACUCAAAAAGUGAUCACAACAUAA